AUGGGUACAGCCAAGCAAAAUCAAAAUAGAAAGAAGUUUACGAGGGAGUAUAAGGUUAAGGAGAUCCAAAGAAGUAUUACAAAGAAAACUAGACUGAGAAAGGAAUACCUUAAAGCUUUAAAAGAUGAAGGGUAUGCCGUACCAGAAAAGGAACCAAAAACCGUGGCAAAAGAAUCUGUAAGGAAGAUUAAGGAAGCCAGGGCAAUAGAGGGAAAGAAGAAACUAGACGAGAAGAAGGAGAUCAAGAAACAAAGAAAGAGAAUGCAAAAAGAUGAAUUAAACAAGCAAAGAAACGAGCAAUUGGAAAGAAUCAGAGUUUCGAAGGAAAAAUUUCAGAGGAGAGAAGAUAGAAAGAAGAAAUUGACUCAAAGAACAAGGACAGGCCAGCCCUUGAUGGGCCCUAAGAUAGAGGAUCUUUUGGAUAAAAUUAAGACGGAUGAUACUUAUACCUCCUAG